AUGCCACACCUGCGCCCCUUCCCCCCGCCCCCCUUCCCCCCUGCUUCCUCCGCCACACCUCCCCCCUCCUCCGCCUCAUCCUCCCGCGCGCCAGGCCCCUUCCCCGGCUUCCCCCAAUCUCCUGCCGCCGCUGCCCCUCGUGGUGCCACGUGGCAGGGCGCGAGUGGUGCUGCUGGUGCUUCCGGUGGUGCUGGGGCGGGUGGUAUGGGUAUGGGUUAUAUGGGAAAUACCGCCUCCCCUGGUUACUAUCCGCCUCCUCCUCGCCUCUCCAACAUGCCUCAGGUUACCCACAUGCCGAACCUCCCCCACAUGCCCAACCUCAACCUUCCUCAAAUGGCAAGCAUGCCAAAUAUGGCAAACAUCCCAAAUCUGCCCAACCUGCCCAACAUGCCCAGCAUUUCCCAUGUGCCGCCCAUGCCCAACCUCUCCAAUGCCCCCUCCUCCUAUGGGGGCUCCUACUCUCAGCAGAUGCCCACUUUUGGCUAUGGGCAGGGCGGGCAGGGGGGAGGAGCGGACCCCACCCUGUGGGGCUCUCCCCUUUCAGCAACUCCACCAUCAGCAGCGGCAGCACCCCCAGCAGCAGCGACACCACCCCAAGCAGGGACAGCAUUGAGAACGCCCUCUCCCCUCGCCCCUGUCGCCGCCCCCACUUCCUUGUCGGGCGGCGGGCCAACCAUCUUCCGCCUCUCGCUGCCCUCCGCCGCCCACCUCUCGCCCUCCUCUGCCGCCCUUGCUGCCCGCGGCGGCAUGCCAGCUGGCGGGCCAUCAGGAAUGGCAGGCGGCGGGGCAGCAGGCGGGGCAACAGGGGGCCAAUCAGGGCCGCCUCAUGACACGCAAGGGCAAGGGGGGAUGCAAGGGGGGAUGCAAGGGCAAGGGGGAGUGCCUGGGGGGCACGCACAUGGAGCAGCAGGGGGGACAAUGCAGGGGCUGGCGAUGCUGCAGCUGCCCGCCGCUGCCCAUGGCAGCAUGGCUGGUGGCAUGGGCGCACUGCCAGGGGGCGGGGGAGGCGCAGGGGGAGGGGGAGGUGGAGGAGUGGUAGGGGAAGCAGGGAGGGGCGGAGGGGGGGCGUGGGGUGGAAUGAGCGCGGCAGCAGCGGCGGGAGUGGCCCCUGUAGGUUCCCCAGCAGCAGCAGGUGCUGGGAGCACCAGUGCCAUUCCCAUGCCUGGUGCAAGUGGCCUGAGCGGCAUGCAGAGCGGUGCGGGUGGUGUGCAGAGCGGUGCUACAGGUGCAGCAGGGGCAGCAGUGGGGGAGGAGCAGGCAGCAGCAGCAGCAGCGAGCGGGGGAGGCAGCAGCAUUGGAACCGGCCUUGGCUUUGGUCUGUCUGCUGCUGCCAGUGCUGCUGGCGCUGCUGCUGCUGCUGCUGCUGGUGCUGGUGCUGGUGGUGGGGUUGGUGGGUUGGGUGGAGGGCCGUUUGUGUGCGGUGUAGAUGGGUGCGGAAAGGCGUUUCUGGAUGCGGGGGGGUUGAGGAAGCAUUCGAACGUGCACGGGGAGAGGCAGUUCGUGUGCCACUAUGAGGGAUGCGGCAAGCGGUUUGUGGACAGCAGCAAGCUGAAGCGCCACUUUCUCAUCCACACAGGCGAGAAGCGCUUCUUCUGCCCCUAUGAGGGGUGCGGCAAGGCCUUCUCUCUAGAUUUCAACCGUCGCUCGCACAUGCGCACGCACACGGGGGAGAACUACCACACGUGCCCCAUCCUCGAGUGCGGCAAGCGCUUCGCACACGAGAACAAGCUGCGCAUGCACCUCGCGUCCGCACAUGGCGAUAAACAGCAGCAGCCGUCACUCGGCUCUCCCAUGCUCUCUCCUCUUCCUUCUCUUGAUUCAUUCCGCCCUGCCCCUCUGCUCCACCCGUGGGUGCCCCAGCAGCGGUCUGCAGCGCGCGAGGGAUCAGAUGGGUCGCAAGACGAAGGUGGGGGGAGGGCGGAGAGGGAGGGGCGGAAGGGGGACGAUGGGCAAGGGAGGAAGAGUGAGGGGGGCGGUGAGGGGAGCAAGGAGAAAGGUGAGCGAGGGAGGAGAAAGCGAGAGGGGGAGAGGGGGGCAGGAGAGGGGAGCGAGAGGGAAGGAGAGGGGGAAAGGGGAGAGGAGGAAAGGGGAGGAAAACGGAGGCGGGAGGAGGCAGGGGAGGAGAGUGAGGGGGGGAGUGAGGGGAGGAGGGAGAAAGAGAGUGAGAAAGGGAGGGGAUCAGAGAGUUGGGGUCAGGGCGGGGAGGAGGGAACUGAGGGUGAGAUAAGGGGGUUUGGGGAAGGGGCGGAGGGGGAUGGGGCAGAGGGGGAUGGGGCAGAGGGGGAUGGGGACGGUGACGAGAGGGGGGAUGGAGAGGAGGGGGAGAGUGAGGAUGGGGAGGAGGGGGGAAGCAUGGGUGCUGGAUUGCGAAAGGGAAUGGCAGUAAAGCGAGGGCGGUCACUUAAUUCUAUCUCAGAGGCAGGAGGAGAGGGAGGAGGGGUGAGAGAACAAGCGGGUAGGGGCAGCGGGAGGGGGAGGGGGCGGGGGAGGGGACGUGGAAGGGGGAGGGGGAGAGGGCGAGGGUCGUUUGGAGGAGAGGACGGGGGAGGAGCAGGAGAGGGGGACGUGGCAGACAGCCGUAGGGGGAGAGGCAGGGGAAGGGGGAGAGGCAGAGGCAGGGGAGUGGGGAGAGGCAGAGGGAGGGGGAGGGGGAGAGGGGGAGGUGGGUCGGCAAGGGAAUCAAAUGAUGCUGCUGAGGAUGCCCGUGGCUCUGGUGGGUAUAGUGGGGGUGCGGCUGGCUAUGGGGCCGGGUUUGGGGCAGAGGAGGAGGAUGGGGAGGGUAUGGAGAGGGAGAGUGAGCAGGGUGAUUAUAACGAGGGGGAGGAGGUCACUGGGGCGAGUGACUUAGGCGAGGGGGAAGGCGAGGAGGAAGGGGAGGGAGCGGUAGACGACGAGAUGGGGAGUGCGGAUGAGGGGAUGGAUGAUGGCGGUGUGGGCAGUGAUGGUUUUGGGGAGGACAUGGGAGGUGCGGAUUCGAUGGGGGAGGGGGGUGGCAUGGAGGGGUAUGGUGGAGAGGAGGAGGAGGAAGGCGGUGAGGAGGCAUGGGGGGAGGAAACAGGAGGCGAGGAGGGACAAGAGGGAAGAGAGGGAGGGAAGGGAGGGAAGGGUGCAGGGGGGAAGAAGGGCCUGAAGGGGCAGGAAGAGGAGCAGCAGGAGGAGGAGGUGCGGCCGAAGAGGCGGCGGCGGCGGCGCAAGCUGGAGGAAUCGGAGCGCGUGUUUGCGUGCGGGGAGGCGGGGUGCAGCAAGCGGUACUUCCACGAGUACAAGCUGCGCCUCCACCUCAAACACUUCCAUGGCGUCGCCCUCGCUGAUGACCCGGGCGCCGGUGCUGGUGUUGAUGGUGGUGAUGGUGGUGUUGGUGCUGCUGGUGCUGCGGGUGAUGGUGCUGGUGGUGGUGGUGGAGGGGAAAGGGGAGGUGUUGGGAGGGAAAGAGGAAGGGGUAGACGAGGAGGGAGAGGUGCAGGAAGAGGGGUGGGAGGGCAGGGAGUGGGGAGGGGAGAGAGAGGUGGUGGGAGAGGAGGGAGGGCUGUGCCAGAGUAUGGGUAUGAGGAGGAGGAGUCUUAUGGUGGAGGGAGUGGGAGGGGUGGGUACGGGGAGAGUGUGAAUGAGGAGGGGUAUGGGGAUGAGGAUGGGAAUGAUGACUAUUCCAGAGGUGACUAUAACGUGGAGUACAGUGAUUAUGGAAGGGAGGAAGAUGGUGAGGAAGACGAGGAGGCUUAUAUGGAGGAUGUUCCGUUGGGGCAACGCCGGCCGCAUUCCUUCUCCUCCACCGCCCCGCCUCCCUUGGAAGCCAAGGGGGACUACCAGGAGGAGGAAUUCGAGGAGGAAGGAUUUUACGACGAGGAUGACGAUGGUGGUGGUGGUGGUGGUGAUGAAAGGUACUGA